UCUUGGGUAGACGCUUCAAAUACGGUCCCCAGUAGUAGGAUCACGUACAUGAGUCGUAUCUCAAGCAAAUUCGUAGAAAAAUGUCUAAAAGUAUUUUGAUACUCCUAGUGGCAGCAGUGGCAUUCGCCGUCUGCGAAUCUUCGGCGGUGAUGAACGAAGCGACGUUUAUCAUCGACUCAGUGAACGGGGAUCCAGGCAAUACGUGGAGGGCCAGCGACACCAACGUCAUCCCAGGAGACGGAAAACACUUCAAUCAGUUAAUGGGGGUAUUGCCCAGGGACGGAAACGCGUUCAGGUUUGCUCCGAUAAAGAAAAGCGUCGAGAGUGAAUCCAACGAAGCCCUCCCCGAGAAUUUUGACGCCAGAGAACGAUGGCCCGAGUGUUCGUCCUUGUUAGGUUCGAUCAAAGACCAGUCUAACUGUGGAUCAUGUUGGGCUGUUUCUGCAGCUUCCGUGUUCAGCGACCGUCUGUGCAUAGCCUCCGGUGGCGCAGUGACCAGAAACCUAUCCGCCGAACAGCUGAACACUUGUUGCUAUCGAUGUGGUAACGGAUGUGACGGUGGGUCACCAGAGGCAGCGUGGUAUUUCUUCAUGAGACAUGGUAUCGUCACGGGUGGAGAUUAUGAAUCCGGAGAGGGUUGUCAACCAUACAGUAUUUAUCCGUGUGGUAAAGGAAGGAAUACUUGCAUCGAAGAAGAUAUCGACACGCCCGAUUGUACGAUAAAAACUUGCACCAACUCGAACUACACGAAAGGGUACAGAGCUGAUUUGCAUUAUGUUAAUACCGUAUACUCGCUCCCAACAUCCGAAGAAGAUAUCAUGACUGAUUUAUACAAAAACGGUCCUGUCCAAGCGGCGUUCUACGUGUAUACGGAUUUUAUGUACUAUAAAAGCGGAGUAUACAGUUACACGAGAGGUCAGAUAGAAGGCGGCCACGCGAUCAAAAUCUUGGGUUGGGGUGUUGACGAUGGUGUCAAGUAUUGGUUGUGUGCCAAUUCGUGGAGCCGAUCGUGGGGCGAGAACGGACUUUUCAGAAUACUUAGAGGCAACAACGAGUGUCACAUCGAAGGCCGAGUGAUAGCUGGAAUACCACGUGUACCGAAAAAUAUUAAUUAGCAGACGUAUAAAAUAUACUUACAAUUAUUAUAAUCGUCACUAUUAAUUAUUGUAACAACAAUGAUAUUAUAUUAUGUAGACGCGACAGCGUUAGCGUUUUCUAUUGUCCUUCUUGGUCAUGCAUUUAUAUUUAUAUUUACAAUUUAUUAUUUGUCGCAUAAAUAUUUAUUUUAUAUUUCAUUCGUACAGAUUUAA